AUGAAGACGUGCUUGGCCCUAAGCCCUGGCCCAUCUGCCACUCCCCUGAUGGCCCUGGGGAGCAGCCGUGUGGUAUCAGCCGGAGCUCCAACUGGCACAGCCCACGGGGCGCUGCAAGGUCACCGCCUCCCCAGCUGGGCCCCCGGCCGAGGCCCCGGCGGCCCAGGGGUGUGGGCAUUCCGCACCCUCAUCCCGCGGAGAGAGGACGAACCAACGUACCCCAGGCGAGGUGUCCCGGCCCGGGGGCGCGGCGCGGGGCAGACGCCUCUGGCCCCAGGCUCUGCCGAGACUCCUGGACGCCGCCUUCACCCAGCUCCGUCCGCAGCCGCUGUCUCCUCGCCGGGACAGUCCGCAGGGUCGUACGGCUCUGAAGGGGCACCCGUGCUCCCCGGGCGGAGGGCGCUCCGAGAGGCGUGGACUUGGCAAGCGGGGGCCGUGUAUUGGAGGCACCUGGAGAGACAAGGCGGCGGGAGGCUGGAAACCGGGCAGGAGUCCCCUAAAAAUAAAGAGAGGUGUCGUAAGAAUGGGACGUUGGGGGGGGCCGUCCCGGGGUGGGGGUCGGGGGGCAGGACACGAAGCAGCCUCGGAGCCCUCUGGGCGCCCGGCCCCGCGCCGCGCGCUACCUGUGCGGCCGCUCAGCGCGGCGGGCCGGAGCCGAGCGCGCACAAUGAGGCGCUUUCAGACGUGGCUGCGGUCCCGGAGCAGGCGGGCGGGCGCCGGGGCGGGAGGGGAGGAAGGAAAGAGCCGGUUGGCCCCCGGGCUCGGACUAGCCUGCCCACCGCGGGCCGAGGGGCCACGCCUCGGGGGAGGGGCGGCCGCCCCGGGCGGGCGCGGGCGAGCCCCGGAGAGGAGGGCGCAGGUGGGCCCGGGGGGCGGCCAGGGGCGCGCGGCUCGGUGCGGGGUGUCAGAGGGAGCCCGCCGCGUCGCUUCUCAUCCCACUCGUUGACCAAAGAAGUGUUUCCCCCUCCGAUCAAUCCCCAGAGAAGGGAGGCUCCUGGGAACACAAAAGGCCCUUGUGAAAGAAACCGAAUCUUUAUUUUGCCCCUGCUCGCUCUCGGUGGCAUCCUCGCAGCCAGAGGAAUCCAAACUGCUUCCCAAGCCCCCGGCCUCGGCCCCAGCCAAGCCUGGGUCACCUGGAUGCCGGGGCCCCGCGCACAAGCCGGGCUGAGAGGGGCCGGGACACCAGGUGGCCCUCAGGAGCUGGGCCUGCAGCUGGCUGUCCCCCCCCCCUUCUGUAGCCUCAACCCAGAGACUCAGGCUUGA